AUGCCCACUCAAGUUCGCAUCUUUUCGCGACCCAGACCCCUCGGUGAGACUCUCGAAAAGGCCGUCCCUCCGUCCUCUGUCCCCCGAUCCAUCCCGGACACCCUCGAUCUUCAGAGACCGGUCGAGCAAGAAAGGCCAAUCCAGAGCACCAAGGACGCCCACUCCAUGGCGGUCUACACGGACAAGUCCGUCGAGGGCGGUGUCACAUUCGCUGGCCAGGACAAGCUCAAGCAACUGCCCAUCCCCGACUUAGAGGUUACCGCGCAAAAGUACCUCGGAGCCCUCAAGCCUCUGCAGUCCGCACGCGAACACGCCGAGACCAAGCAAGCCGUCCAGGAAUUCCUGGGGCACGAUGGCCCUCUUCUGCAGGAGAAGCUGAAGGCUUACGCCCAGGACAAGACCAGCUAUAUUGAGCAGUUCUGGUACGAUUCGUACCUGAACUUUGAUAACCCCGUCGUUCUCAACCUGAACCCCUUUUUCCUGCUGGAAGAUGACCCUACCCCCGCGAGGAACAACCAGGUGACCCGGGCGGCGUCGCUCGUCAUGUCGGCGCUCGAGUUUGUCAGAGCCGUCCGCAAAGAGGAACUGCCCCCCGACAACAUCAAGGGCCAGCCCCUCUGCAUGUACCAGUACUCGAGGCUUUUUGGCACAGCACGCGUGCCCACGGAAAACGGGUGCCAAAUCGAGCAGGACCCGGACUCGAAGCACAUCAUCGUCAUGUGCCAUGGGCAGUUCUACUGGUUCGACGUCUUGGACGACAAUAACGACCUCAUCAUGAGCGAGAAGGACGUUUCCGUCAACCUUCAGACCAUCGUCGACGACGCCUCGCAGACCCCGAUUCAGGAGGCCGCCAAGGGGGCGCUCGGUGUCCUGAGCACGGAGAACCGCAAGAUCUGGUCGGGGCUGAGAGACGUCUUGACCAGGGAGGAGGGGUCCAACAACGCCGAUUGCCUGGGCAUCGUCGACUCGGCGCUGUUCGUCCUGUGCCUGGACUACACCGAGCCCGCCGACGCCGACGCGCUCUGCGGCAACAUGCUCUGCGGCACCAGCCUGGUCGAGAAGGGCGUCCAGAUCGGGACCUGCACCAACCGGUGGUACGACAAGCUGCAGAUAAUUGUGUGCAAGAACGGCAGCGCCGGCAUCAACUUUGAGCACACCGGCGUCGACGGCCACACGGUACUGCGCUUCGCCAGCGACGUGUACACGGACACGAUCCUGCGCUUCGCCAGGACCAUCAACGGCCAGGCCCCGACGCUUUGGGCCACGACCAGCCCCGACCCGGCCAAGCGGGACCCCGACAGCUUCGGCGAGGUCGACCCGACGCCGCACAAGCUGGAGUGGGACAUGACCCCGGAGCUCAGCAUCGCCGUGCGCUUCGCCGAGACCCGCCUGGCCGACCUCAUCGAGCAGAACGAGUUCAGGACGCUCGACUUCAAGCACUACGGCAAGAACUUCAUGACCUCGAUGGGCUUCUCCCCCGACGCCUUUGUACAGAUGGCCUUCCAGGCGGCAUACUACGGCCUCUACGGCCGCGUCGAGUGCACCUACGAGCCCGCCAUGACCAAGAUCUUCCUGCACGGCCGCACCGAGGCCAUCCGCAGCGUCUCCGAGGAGUCGGUCAACUUUGUCCAGACCUUCUGGGCCGAUAACCCGGCCGAGCACAAGGUCGAGGCCCUCCGCAAGGCGUGCCAGCGCCACGUCAACACGACGCGCGAGUGCGCCCGCGCCGAGGGCUGCGACCGUCACCUCUACGCCCUCUUCUGCACGUGGCAGCGCUCCAUGGACGACGACACCCUCAGCAGCUCCAACGGCAGCUACUCGAGCCCCGUCGACGGGUACUCGGAGCAAGGCGAGUCUGUCGUCGGCAGCCCCGAAAAGGAUUCGGUGCUCUCACUCAACGGCGGCGGCGCCGACGCGCAGUCGACGGCGGGGUUCCGCGCGCGGGGCGACAGCACCACCUCGCGCGGCGGUGGCGUUCACAACCAGGGGUCGGCGAUGCCGCACAUCUUCGCCGACUCCGGGUGGGACAGGCUCAACAACACCAUCAUGUCGACGUCUAACUGCGGCAACCCGUCGCUCCGGCACUUCGGGUUCGGCCCGACGUCGGGCGACGGCUUCGGAAUCGGGUACAUCAUCAAGGACGAUGGCAUCUCCAUCUGCGUAUCUAGCAAGCACCGGCAGACGAAGCGCUUCGUCGACACCCUCGAGAGCUACCUCCUCGAGGUGCGGCGCAUUCUGCGCAUCACGUCGCGCCGCGGCACCGGCGUCCGGCAGACCCGCGCGCGCGAGCUCGACCACCAGGCCCGCCCGCGGCCGCCCAGGGGCAUCAAGUCCCGCGGCCGCCUCAUCACGGCGCAGGACACCAUCAAGCCCCCGCUGGCGCGGUCGUCUACGGGCACCCAGUCGCCCACGGAUGAGAGCGUCACCCUCAGCGAGGACGACGAGCUCGGCGGAUAUGGCUUCUUCGACGCCGGCAUGCUCCUCCAGGCGCUCAAGGCGCGCGGGGAGAACAUGGACACGGCGGAGACGAAACCCUCGGAGCGGGCGGCCGUGCAGGCGCGCCGGAGGGAGAUUGGCAAGAAGCUGCGGCUGAUUGACUACUGA